AUGGCGUCAGACGCCGUUAAGUAUAUGCCAAUCCAAGGAGGCGGCGGAGGAACAACAACAACAACAACAGCCGCCGUCGCCGACAUCAAGAGCUUCUUCUCCGCCUUAAAACCCAAAAAAACCUCAACUUUUGCUUACGCUUUCGUCAUAACCUUCGUCUUAUUCACUCUCUUCUUUGCUUUUAGUCCUUCUCCAAACUCAUCUUCUCCUUGCCACUUCUCCUCCUCUCAAUUCUUAGGGAGGAUUAUUAGGGAGGAUUAUUAUCAAGAAGGUAGCAAUGUGUAUCACGAACUCGCUGUUCUUGAAGCUUUCCGCAAAGCUUUGACUACAUGGGGUCGAUGGGUUGAGAAGAAUGUGAAUCCAACAAAGUCCCUUGUCUUCUUUAGGGGCUAUUCCGCUUCUCAUUUCAGUGGUGGGCAAUGGAACUCAGGAGGAGCAUGCGAUAGUGAAACAAAACCGAUCAAGAAUGACACAUACCUAACCCCAUACCCGUCUAAAAUGAAGGUUCUUGAGAAAGUGCUAAGAGGUAUGAAGACUCCAGUCACGUAUUUAAACAUCACGAGGUUAACGGACUACAGGAAGGAUGGUCACCCGUCUGUAUACCGGAAACACACCUUAACGGAAAAGGAGAAAAAGACACCAUUGUUGUACCAAGACUGCAGCCACUGGUGCCUCCCUGGAGUUCCCGACUCUUGGAACGAGAUCCUAUACGCUGAGCUGCUCGUUAAACUCAGUCAGCUCGGGCAAACACAACGGAAACCUUAAGGUUUUUCUACCCCCCAAAUACUUGUUUGAUCUCAACACUUUGCUUUCUAUUUGAUGGUAAUUUGUUGAUUAUAGAAUGUGUAGAGUAAAAAAAAAAAAAGAUUAAAAAAAAAUAUUGAUCACCAGGUAUCUUUGCUACUAUUGGUUGUAAAUGCUUUUGUCACGACGAAUACUAUAUUUAGCUCCAAGAAUGAGGUUACAUGUAAACGUUUCUUACGAUUCCAAUUAUUUAUUACAGUAA